AUGAGUACUUCCAACUGCAGAUUCUACGAAAACAAAUACCCUGAGGUCGAAGAAGUCGUCAUGGUCAACGUCCAGCAGAUUGCUGAGAUGGGUGCAUAUGUGAAGCUUUUAGAAUAUGAUAACAUCGAAGGUAUGGUGUUGCUAUCGGAACUGUCAAGGAGGCGUAUCCGUUCGAUCCAGAAGCUGAUCCGUGUUGGCAGAAACGAGGUUGUUGUUGUUCUCAGAGUCGACAAGGAGAAGGGAUACAUUGACUUGUCCAAAAGACGUGUUUCCUCAGAAGAUAUCGUCAAAUGUGAAGAGAGAUACAACAAGAGUAAAGCGGUUCACUCCAUUCUGAGACAUUGCGCAGAGAAAUUCUCGGUUCCUUUGGAGACCCUUUACGAGACCAUUGGAUGGCCUUUGAGCAAAGAGUUUGGUCACGCCUACGACGCCUUCAAAAUCUCGAUCACGGAGCCCUCUGUGUUCGAUAAGAUCGUCCCACCAUCGCCAGACAUAUUGGAGGAGCUGAAAGGAUACAUUUCGCGCCGCCUGACUCCACAGGCCAUCAAGUGCAGAGCCGAUGUGGAGGUGUCUUGUUUCAGCUAUGAGGGUAUAGAUGCCAUAAAAGAAGCCUUGUCGGCUGCUGAAGCUCUUUCCACAGAACAACACCAGAUCAAGGUCAAGCUGGUUGCUGCUCCUAGAUACGUGCUUACUACUCAAUCGCUGGAUAAGCAGAAGGGUAUCGAGAUACUGGAAGAGGCCGUUGAGAAGAUCAACGAGAAAAUCACCAAGUUUGGUGGUGCCUGCAACGUGACCAUGGCUCCUAAGGCUGUUACUGCCACUGAAGACGCUGAGUUGCAAGCCUUGCUGGAGAGAAAGGAGGAGGAGAACGCCCAAGACUCUGACGAUUCCGAAGACGACGACGAGGAAGAUUAG